UCAGCAGUAAAUUGAGAAGUCGCACCGUGGCUCCCCCUGCAGGCCAUUGGGAUACUGUAGCAUUGUAGACCCCAACACAGAAUGACAUGCCUCACGUGACUCAAACUACAAGGAGCUGAGGGUUAAUUGGGAGCUAAAGACUUCACAAGACUUCCUCAAAUCCAUUCUAUGGAGGUCAAAGGUCGCCUGAUCACUGCCAUGGGCUUAGGGGCUCCAGAUGUCCAGGGCUGUCAGGACAGCAAGCUGCAAGCAGAACGAAUCUCAGAGCUGCAGGAGCGAAAGCAGAGUCUGCAGAGCCUUUUGAACAGUCGUCUCGGAGAGCUGCGACACGUGUGUCUUCUGGAGGCGGAGCUCACAGGGAAGCUUCCACAGGAUUUUCCUUUAGAAGAAGGGGAAAGACCUCCCUUUGUUCAGCGCCGAGCUGGCCUGACCCCUCAUGUUACCUCAAAAGGAGAGGACGACCCUGGUCAGCGACGGCAGAUGAAGGCUCUCUUCAGUGGUGCCCUGCGCCGGAGCAUCGAUUCUGAUAAAAAUGCAUUGCACAGUAAGAGGACUGUUCAUCGGGGAUGCCACACAGAGGAAACUGUGAAGUCAGAAAGCAGUUCAAUGUCAGACUCAACAUCACAUGACAAUGAGGAUUCGUCUCCCAGUGUGGCACCUGAGCAGCGCUCCUUGUCUCACCCCCGGCUGGCCCCAGGCAGUCCUGACAGUAGGCUCUGUAGGAAGCUGUCACCUGUAGAGAUCUACUACGAGAUGAGGACUCGCCGCAACUCAGCCUCAAGCUCUGUGAGCCCAAGUCACUCACUGCCAAGAAGUGCAUCCAAUGUGGAGGGCAGAAGUGUUCCAGCCACGCCGCUGUUGUCCCGCACUGCACCAAUCAGCGUUCAUGUGAGGCCGGAGAUGCCUGGUGGUAUUGCACUGAAGCAGUGGUGUGGCAGUCCAGAUGUUCCUCAGUUUGUCCCGUUGGCAUCUUUGGAGGGCUCCUCUUCUGAGCACCGCAGCUGCCCCUACAGCUCCCGUGCUCGUCGUAGCAACAGCUCCGAGGCGCUACUCGACCGCUCAAGUCUCCCUGAGCCCGGUCCUCCUCGCAACGGCAUGCCACCCCGAGCUGGACCAUACAAGAGCUCGGAGUCCCUCACAGAUGGGAAGCUCCGUCAGUUCUAUCAAGGCAGCCCAGAGAGACAGAUGAUGGGAUUUAAAGACCAGAGUCGAAUGCGCUCCUCUCUCGGCGGCCAAAGUAGUGGCACAGGUUACAAUGAGAUUUUGAUGGACUACAUUUGGGGCAAACAGCAAAAGAGGCCCGCCCAGGCUCAACAAAACCAGUCAGCAGGACGCAUCUGGCCGGACUUCUCCACUCCUCCAUCGGGCACCCCUCCGCACUACAAAGGUUUCUCCCAUUCGCAGUUACAUCUGGCUGCCGCCCCACCUUCCUAUAGCCCCAUGUUGCUGCGGGGUCAAGAGGCCGAACCCCGUCGGGUCAAGGUGACACGAACGAAAUCCUGUGGACCCUUCAUCCCUUUACAGCAGCACCCACAGGACGCAAUGUUGUUCUCGGCGUACGAUCUGUCACAUCCCUCCGCUGGAUCCACCACUUCUUCUAUUCCCAACCUGCUCCCUCAUCACACAGAGCUGUCCACUGCUGCAGCGUUCGGCCGCAGAGCGCCUCCGUUCUCUCUGCCCACUCCUGAGGACUCCACCCGCAGUCUGCACAAGCAUCUUCUCUUUUCAUCAUGGCAGGUCCGUGGAGCUUUCUCUCUACCCAGAGCCUUUCCCCUUAGAGGGGAGCACUCAAAAAGAGUCCGGCUCUGA